AUGCAAGAAGAUGUUGAAUAAUCAGAAAUGUAAAAUAAAUGUUAAAGUGUAAUAUAAGAAAUCACCUUAAGUUAAGAAUUUGAAAUGCCAAUCAAUAAAACUAUGAGAUUUGUGAUGAUUCCUCCACUUUCACAAAUUAAAUUUGAAGAUGAAAAAAAAAGUCUUAAUUAUUAUUCUCAUGCUAAGGAUGGAAACGAAUUCAAAUUUUAGAUUGAAUUUGAAAAUAAGACUGAUAAUGCACAUAUUUUUGUUUACUGUAAACCUCUUAGCGAAUAAUUAGAUCACUCGUAUAUUUUAAUAAUAUAUUUUAAAUAGAAAAAUUUAUAAAUUAUCAAGUUCAAUUUAGAGUAAAAAAACAAAAAAAUAAAAAGAUAUCAAAAUAGAAUAAAAAGAGAAUUGUAUUAAAUUAUUACUUACUCAAAAAAUCAAGGAAUAAAAAUUUUGUUUAUUGAAUGAAAUUGUUAUAGAAUAAGCACCAAAAUAUAAUAGUAGAGAUGAAGUAGGAUUCACAGGAAUAAUCAAUAAUUCAGCUACAUGUUAUAUGAAUAGUGUUUUUUAGAUCCUAUUUCAUCUUGGUAUUUUUGAAAAGUUAGUGUAUUCAAUAAAUUCUGAUUAACAUAACUAGUUUCCAUGCACAGUAACUUAUUUAAAAGAUUGUUUUGUAGCUUCAAGCCUUAUUCUAUAAUCUAAGACACAGUUAAAUAGCCAUUUCCACAUAAGAAAUUAUAAAUUCAUUCAAAUGGGACAUAGAUCAAUAAGCUAUUUAAUAAGAUGUUUAGGAAUUCAUAAUGGAACUUAUUAAAGCUAUUUGUAUUAAAGCACCAGAAAUUGAAAACAAUAUAAACUUUCUAUUUUAAGGAGUCUUAGAGCAUCAUAUUAAGAAUGAUAAAUUUGACAAUUCAAAUUAAGAAUAAUUUAUGGAUAUCUCACUCAAUAUUACUAAUUCUCUACAUGAAUCUCUUAAAUUAUUUGUAUAAUCUGAAUAAUUAGAUGCAUAUACUCAUGAUGUAUAUGGUAAAUAAGAAGCGAUAAAAUUUCAUAGAUUUAAAAAAUUGCCACCAAUUUUAUUAAUUAAUUUAAAGAGAUAUUAAUUUGAUGGAUAAUGUUUUAAAAAGAUUCAUGAUUAUUUCUCAUAUGAUUAUGAAAUCAAUUUCAAAUAAUACUUAAUAGAUCAAGUAGAUGAAUUCUAUCAACUUUUUGCAGUAUUAGUACAUAGAGGAGAAGCCAUUAAUCAUGGUCAUUAUUAUUGUUAUAUAAGACCAACUUAAAAUCCAGAUGAAUGGUUUAAAUUUGAUGAUAAAAUAGUUACUAGAGCAACAAAAUAAGAAGUGUUUUAAAACAAUUUUGGUGGAGAAUUCAUUUAUGCUUAAUAUAAUUGUGAUUUAGAUGAAAUCAUGACUAAAAAAAAAAAUAGUCCUGAAACUGCUUAUAUGUUAGUCUAUAUUAAAUCAAAUCAUCCUGAUAUUCUUGUAAGUCCAUAAAAUUUUCCUGAAUGGAUUUUGAAAUAAGAACAAUUACAUAAUGAUACUUAAUUUGAGCAAAAGAACUUCAUUUAAACAAAUAUAUUUACUAUUAAUCAUUUGAAUUAAAAUCAAUGUCAAUAAAUGAAAACUGGUAUAAUUUUUCAUAAAUCAGCAUUAAAUUAAUCGAUUGAUUAAAAUGUUAUUGAAGAAUUCUUUGAUUAAUAUACAACACCUCUUAUUAUACCCAAAGUCAUCACAAUUUAAUAAAUCAUAGAUCAAUUUAGUGAAAAAAUUGAUGUUGAUAAAAAAUGUUUACAUUUAUUUAUGUAUAAAAUAUCGCAUUUGAAACCAAAUUUGGAAUCUAUAAUUCAAAUGUAACCAUAAAGAAAUUUAUCUUAUUAUUUAGCAAAUAAAAUUUACUUAUUUGGAUUAAUGUUAAUAUCUACUAAUUUUGAAGAUCAAAUUCUUAUAAAUAACUACUUUGGAGUUGAUAAGAUUAAAUUAGAUUUAGUUCCUUAAGUUGGAGGUAAGAAUUCCAAAGAAAAUAAAACUGUUAUUAACAAUAAAGUUUUAGUAUUUAUUAAAACAUACUCUAAUAAAAUUAUGGAAUUUGAUUAAAUAUUGCUUUUAGAAAAAGGAUAACAAAUUUCAGAAAUCCUUAAUAGAGAGUAUACAAAUAAUGAUUAAAUUAUAAUCUAUUAUUAAAAUGAUGGAUUAGAAUUUAAAUGUUAAGAUUAAGUAUUAAAAAAUAGUGAAUAUGUACAAGUUUAUAUAGAUUUUUAAAAUGAAAUGGCUGAGAAUAUUGAAUAAAUUAAUAAUUUAAGAGAAGUCAUUAUCAAAGUUGUUAAUGAAUAAUAAUGUACUUCUUAGUUAUUUAAUAAAAAUGAUUCUACUACAUCUCUAUUAGAUUUUCUUGCCCAAUUAGAAGAUUGUAAAUAGGAAAAUAUUUAGAUUAAAUAUAAAGAUAAAAAAGGGAAUGUAUAAAUUUUAUAAUAAUAAAUUAAAAUAGAAGAUUUAAUUUAAUUUGAUAAUAAUAUUACUUAUAAAUAAACAAUCGUUCCAAUCGGAGCAUUAAAAGAAUAAAUGAGUUUUUAGAUAGAUAAUCAAACAUAUAUUAUCUUAAAGAGCAUGAGUUUUGCUGAAUUCAUGGAAUAAGAAAAAAUUCCUUAAAAUAUAUAUGUUCCGUUGCUUAUUUCGAAAAAAGACAAAAAAUAAGCAUAAGUCUAAUUAGAUCUUACAUAAAAAAUUUCAAGAUAUACAUACAAACAUGAUAUUAAAUUUUUAGAGCCAAUCAUUCUUGGAACAGAUAUUUAUUUAAUUUGCUUUUUGUAAAGUGUUGAGAUAAUAUUAUUAUGCAACCCAAUAUUGUGUUAAGUAUCUUAGAAUACUACAUUAGCAGAGACAGUUAAUAAGAUAAUUUAGUUUGUUAGUUAAAAUACUAUUUAAUAUAAAUCUUAAUAGAUUUAGAUAAGGGAGGAUUGUAUUUAUAGCACUGAAGAUAAUAAGACUAGAAGGUUAGAAUAACAAAUACGUAUUCGAAUAAAUAAUUAAGAAAUUUAAUAGGAUACUCAAAUGGGAAUAGGAUCGAUAAUGCCUGAAUUCAAAUAAUUAACAGUUGUAAUGACAUUCCUGACAAUACGAGAUACAAAGGUUGAGAAAUUGAGAUAAAAAGGAGUGCAAAUAUUUUGA